GGGUGGGGGGGCCCUGGGUGGGGGGAGGGUGUAUCUAGCAGGGCUUUCUGGCUUUGGCCUUCUUCUAUGCCAAGCACCUUGUUCACCCUCAGCUUUCCCCCUCUCUAGCUCCUAACAGCUUCCCUCAGCCUUUCCCUCCUCUAACCGGGACCCAGGCUCCAUUUGGGGGGUGGAGGUGGGAGGGAGCUGGAAGGUUUGGGGCUUCUGAGGUGGUGCCUUGGCUGUCUGCAGUCAGCCUGCACCUCUCGAAUGUCCACACACACACACAAAUGUGCACCAGCCCCCCGAAUAAGACCCUGGAUUCUUCCCUGGCUCUGAGCCUAGCCCCUGGUGCCCUCUGUGUUUAAUUUCUCUCAGUUGUACUUUCAUUUCUUUCCGAUUUGCAUUUUAAUUUUAUUUGAAAUAUUGUAAUUUUUUUUUGCAUUUGGGAAGUGAUUGCUGCUGUUUAAAUAUAUUUUAAACAAUAAAUAAGUAAACCUCAAUUAUUGUAACCUCUGUGGAGGCUGCAUUUGGCACUGUCCAUCCCCAGACCACCAGGGACCACCUGGUCCUACCGCCUUCUAAGCUGUUCCCACAAUUUUGUCUUUCCCCCUACUCAUCCAGCCUCUCUGGGGCCAGGAUAGAAGAGAAGACAUGGAUAAGCCCACCCUUUAGAGAUAAGGGGGAGCCAGGGAAGCAGGUGGCUCCGGGAUUAUGCUGAGCCCCGCCCAUGGAGACCCACUCGGACCUUCCGGUGUUGGAGACAAGUGAUGGACCCAGAGCAGGGGCUGCAGUGGACAGCUCCGAGGAUGCUGGCUGGGCUAGGGGACCGUUCCCUGGGGGCUUCCGGGCUUCACUGGCAGGCGUGCUCCUUCUGGAGCUCGCGCUGGGCCUAGGCUGCAAUACUGCUGCCCUGCUUCUACACCGGGCCAGGGCCGGCCCCAGGGCCUCGGCCAGUGCACGCCUCACCCUCAGCCUGCACGUGCUGGACACGCUCAUCUGCGCGUUUUGUGUCCCGCUCAGCGUGGCCGUACUCCUGCUGCCCACUACAUCGGCUCUUCGCGCUCCGGUCUCGGUGCGCCCCUUAAGCCUGCUCUGCCGUUUCCAUGAGGCCGGGGUUACCUUCAGCGGCGUGGCCACGGCAGCCGGCGUACUCGCUGUCAGCCUGGACCGCUAUGACAUGUCCGCGCGGCCCGCGCGCCGUCGUCUCACGCCCGCGCGCGCGCUGUUGCUCCUGGCCAUCGCUUGGCUGCUCUCCCUGGCAGCCUUCUUCUUGCCCUUUGUGGAGGCGGGACUGGCGCCGGGGGCGUGGGAUGAGGCGUCGGGUGCUGACAACCGCACAGACGUGUCCUGUGUAGGUACAGGCGGAGAUGAGGCUGUGGCGGGCCGAGGGGAGCCUGCUGGCAGGGGCCACCUCCUGGUGCAGAUCCCCGCCUUCGUGGCGGCUCUUGUGGGACUGUUGGUGACUUAUGCGCGUGUUCUCCAUGCGCUGAGCGCGGGCGUCGGUGCGCGAGCCAGUCGGAGGAGGAGAAGGGGGAGGCGGCGAGGACGUGGCUGUGGGUCUGGGGCCGGGGCUGGAGAGUCCCGGGGGCUGAGUCCAAUGCCACCGCCGGCAGCGCCCACCUCGGGCCCCGCGCCCCCGCCGCCAGCUCUGCAAACUUCGGUGUCUGUGAUUCUAGCAUUGCGGCGAGCCGUGCGCCGGCACCGCGACAGACGGGCUCGGAGGCGGCGGGUUUUGCGCCGGUCGCUGCUCAUCGUCAGCUCCUUUGUGGGAUGCUGGGCUCCGUUGUCUGUGGGCAACCUGCUUCUUCUGUGCAUGGGCCCUAGCGAGCGGCUGGCCCGUCUACGGCUCUGCUGCCUGGCGGCGGCCUACGGUACCACAGUGCUGCACCCGCUGCUCUACGCUUUCCCUCGCCGCUCGCUCAGCCGGGCGCUGCGAAGCCAAGCCCGGAGGCACGCUGUGUGCGCCUUGCGACCUGAACCACCCGCUCCAGCAGCUGCUAUUGUGAGGAAUUCCUGGCUGAGAACGCGCAAAGGCCAGGGCAAGGCAGAGGAAGUCGGGGACCGUGGUUUGGGCUUGGAUGGACAGCCCCGGAACUGAGGGCUUCAAUCGUUGCUCCUGCCCUGCAGGUGCUCAUGGAAUGAGGGGUAACUCUGAUUUCCCCAGUAUCCUUGGUUCAAGGGUGCGAAUGGACUAACAGCCCUCAUCCAGGUGCAUCUUCCCUGUGAGCGCCCGGGAAUCAUCAGGCUUUUCUGACCUAAAAGGUGUCCACAGACUGAGGGCCUCAGCCUAAUGUCCUUGCCCUGGAGGUGGAUGCCCACUAGCUGAAGGUCUCAUUCAUCGAGUCUGUCCUGCAGAUGAGCACAGACUGGAGGAGAUUUUCUUUGCUCUCCUGCCCUGAGUGGCCUGGGGGCCCAGGACUUGUCACCAGCACCCACCACCUCUGGGCCCCUGGAACCUGCAGGGGAGCUGGAGGAGAGC